AUGCCGCCAGUGCCGCCAGCCAAACCCGAUUUGCCUCAACCAAAAUAUGUGGAUUCGCUAUGGUGCAUCUACGCUGUGUCAGUGGUAGCAGCAUGGAACGCAGAAUUUUUAACGUAUCCAUUGGACUUGAUCAAAACCAGACUCCAAAUCCAGGGCGAGCUGAACAAGAAUGGCGGCAAAGUUGCUUAUCGAGGAAUGUUGGGCACGGCGGCGGGAAUAACGCGGGAAGAGGGCGUUCACCGGUUAUGGCAGGGGAUUCACGCGGCUUUUUGCCGUCAUCUCAUCUACUCCGGUACCAGGAUUAUGACGUAUAAGGCUCUCAAAGAAAAAUUGUUUAAACAAACUGCCAACGAAGAGUACUUUCCUUUGUGGAAAUCUGCCAUAUGUGGAGUUAGUGCUGGCGCUUUAGCCCAAUACAUAGCUAGUCCUACAGAUCUAGUCAAAGUCCAACUACAAAUGGAAGGCAAGAGGCGCCUAAUGGGCCUUCCACCUAGAGUAAACGGAAUUUUUGACGCUUUCCAAAAAGUUUGGGCCUCGGGCGGAGUCAGAGGUCUCUGGAAAGGUUCAGUACCCAACGUGCAAAGAGCGGCUCUAGUUAACUUAGGCGAUCUCACUACGUACGAUUUUCUUAAAAGAUUUAUUUUGAGACACACGGAGCUUCCUGAUAAUCAUUUGGUGCAUGUAAUGGCUUCUUGUGGUGCUGGGUUUGUUGCUGCCGCAAUGGGAACCCCAGCUGAUGUUAUUAAGACUAGGGUUAUGAAUCAACCUUUAGAUGAUCGGGGAAGAGGAUUAAUAUACACAUCAUCAAUCGAUUGCCUAAGAAAAACCGUUCAUUCUGAAGGUUUGGGUGCUCUCUAUAAAGGUUUCAUACCAAUCUGGAUGCGAAUGGCUCCGUGGUCGCUCAGCUUUUGGUUGACCUACGAAGAAAUCCUGUCGGCAAUGGGCGGUAGGGCUUGGUAA